UGUCCCUGUAACUUCAUUUUGUCUGGCCUCUGAUAUCAGCUUCAUAGUUGAACUCCUGUCAGAAUGCAACCUACAAACACUGUGGAAGACGAGACGGUGAGGCUUGUCAGUGGAGAUGCUGAGGGUUUGUUUGUACUGGGUUUGGGCUCCUCUGUAUCUUCUCACAGGCUGGGUCUCCUCUACAGGCAUGAGCAGCUACUCUUCUGCCCUGCAAGGCCCCUUUCAGCGCUCUGAGCCAGGCACAAACAUCCAACUGACCUUCACGUCCUCUGGAUUCUCCACGGAUCAGGUUACUGUGACCUGGCUUAAAAAUUCCCACCAGCUGUUAAAGUCCCAGACCAGCGUCCACCCUCGUGGAGACACCUACAAUGUGACCAGCAGUGUGGUCAUCCUUCUGCAGGCUGACGAUGUGCAUUCCCUUGUCCACUGCCAAGUCAAGCACAUGUCCAUACUGGUUUCCCAGAAAACCAUCAGACUGGAGCAGUACCUCCGUGUCCCCCCUACAGUGACUGUGUCCCAGUCUUCACACUCCUUGGACAUGGUGACAGUUAUCUGCCAUGUGCAGAGAUUCCAUCCACAGAAUGUGCAUCUCAGCUGGUUGGAGAACUGCCAUACACUCAAGGGAGCUGUGCAACCCUCAUCCAAGCAGAAUAGUGAUGGUACCUACACCUUGGAAAGCUUGCAUUUGGUGAAUGCCUCAGUGUGGGAGUCUGAACGUGUACUUACGUGUAAAGUGCAGCAUGAGACCCAGCCUCCCAUCCAGGCCAGCCUCAUACUGUCCACAGCAGUGCAGGACACAUACAAAUUCCUUGGGAGCGCAGGUCCAGAGAUGCCUGCCUUUAUCUUGAUGGCUUUCCUCCUGGGCUUCAAAGUGGUGCUGGUGAUCAGCUUCAUAGCCACCUAUUUCCACAGGUGGUGGAACCUGUAACAGGUCCUGCAUACUCUGUGAUACACUGCCUCCCUCCCUGUGCAAGGGGCUCAAGUGGAAAGAAGCUAUAAAGACUGGGGAUGACUCAAGAUUUCCCACCCUUCACUCUGCUUUCCCCACCUCCAACAUGAACACACUCCCUUCCACACACCUUCCUAUGUGCCUUCUCUCUGACCUUUGGAACUGAGUCAAGGAUGGACAUUGGUCAUGUUGAUCCAGAAUGUCUGGACCCUGAUGCACUGAGCUUCAAAUUGGCCCUGCCUCCACCCCAAAGAGAAUCAAGUAGAUCAAGAAAACAGGUUUCCAUUGUGCCCCUGCUCAUGAACACUUAAUUUUCAGAGCACUUUUUACUUUUAUCCAGAGCUUUUGCAAGUGUGAUUUCAUUUUAACACACAAGUAUUUUAAAUCACUAAGUUGAAUAAGAUUUUUCCAUUCUGAAAUUUAUAAGAUAAAAAUAUCCACGUAACUACCUACCAUGCUAUGUUUGCAGACUGUUAACAUUUGGCUAUUGCGAUCUGUUGUUCCUUUGAAAAUUACUGUACUAGAUUUGGUAUUCAUAAUCUCAAUCAUGAUUUUAUACUUCUACAACAUAUGUAUAAAUCCUUAAGCAAUAUAUAACAUUACUUGCAUGUUUUAACUUUUAUAUAAAUGUUAUUAUACUGUAUAGAGCCUGAUGGAAAUUUUAUUUUUUA